AUGCUUAUCGUGAUAACAGGCAAUUUUCACAUGGCUGGGGGUAAUAUGGGUGCCUUGAACGCUGCUAAACCUGAACAGAGGCAGUCGCAGAUGGGAAAUGUUAGAUCACCGUUCAUGUAUAACGAUACUGUUUCUACUGCCAAUGCCGCUUUUGG